GCUAUUACCUAUGAAGGAAAAGUUGCUUUAAUUUUAAUGAGCUAUUUAUGAAUUCUUAUGUUUUUGUAUCCUCUGGAGUCAUCCAUUUUCUCUCCUUGCAGGCUCUUCUAAUAGAUGAAAACAAGGAAGGGUUUUGUGGAGGGACAAUUUUGAGCCAGUUUUAUAUACUUACUGCAGCUCACUGCAUAAACCAAUCUAAAAUCAUUAAAGUUGUUGUCGGGGAAGUGGACAGAGAUAAGGAAGAAAACACUGAAAUGAUGUACUCUGUGGAAAAAGUGCUUGUACAUGGCAGAUUUGUUUCGGCAACUUAUGAUUAUGACAUAGCCCUCAUAAAAUUAAAGGAACCUAUAAAGUUUUCUAUAUAUGUUAUCCCGGCAUGCCUUCCUGAUGCAGACUUUGCUAACGAAAUUCUGAUGAAUCAAAAAUCUGGAACUGUUAGUGGUUUUGGACGUCUUUAUGAACAUGGACGGGUAUCCAACAAACUUAAAGUGCUUCAAGUCCCCUAUAUUGAUAGAAAUUCAUGCAAGCAAACCACUAACUUUGCGAUCACAGAUAACAUGUUCUGUGCUGGCUAUGACAAUGUAACAAAAGAUGCAUGUCAGGGAGACAGUGGGGGUCCACAUGUAACUAAGUACAAGGACACCUAUUUUGUUACUGGUAUAGUCAGCUGGGGAGAAGGAUGUGCAAGGAAAGGCAAAUAUGGAGUAUAUACAAAAGUGUCAAAGUUCCAAUCCUGGCUAAAAAGGACAUUUAGACAAAACUCUUAAUUAUAUGAAAUGUAUUUAGCAUUCUGUUUCAUACACUCAGCAGAUUCAUAAAUAAGAGUUCAGUUUCUUUUAGCACUUCUGCUGAAAUUCUUUCCUGACAGCUUAUUAUUUCCUUUGAGAGUUACAGUACUCUUUCUGCAUGAGUUAACACAUGGUUUUCAGCAUGUGUACUUCCACUUAAAACAAUGCUCGUUUGAUCUAAGGACUUUCAUGAAAAAGAUUGUUUUUUAGAUUCCGCUUUGGGUUCCUGAUUUACAGUUUUCUAGAUUGGUCUGUAGGAAACUUAGGGUUGUUGUGAGGUUUUUUGUUUUGUUUUGUUUUUUGAUGAACACUGUCCAGUACUUGAGUUGGAGAGAGAAGACAAAUGUACAAAUAGCAUCUAUAUCAAAAUAGGCGUGGGACAUUACUGAAAUUAAACAGAGCAUUUACAAAGCCUUAUGGCCUCAGGACAAACUGUCUAAUCUUCCAAAUGACUCUUACACACAUACAUACACAUACAUUAAAAAGCUAAAGAAGGCCAAGAGGUUACUCAUUGCUAAAACUGUGCAGCAAAUAAAUCUUUGACAUUUGAUACUAAAUAACUGGGUAUUUCAUAAAAACAAAAUGUCUGGUUGGUUUUAGAAAAUUAAUUUAGAAAAAACCUUGAUUCUUAUCAAGAAAUCAUAUAUAUUCAUCAUAUAUCUGUUUGUUUCUCUUUUUAAAAUACUUUAUCACUCUUGUUUCUUUUAUGGACAAUAUUUAAUGAAUUUAGUAUUAAUGUGGAUGUUUUAGAUACUUGUAUAGAAAUGCAAUAUUGUUGUAUAUCUGCAUUUACCAACAAAAUAAAGUGUUAUCUAUAUUUAUUUAGUAAAUAAGCGUUUGCAAAUAUAUAUGAACAAAAUCUCUCUGAAGACUAGAAAAAGCCUGUGUCCUCCCAAACAGCUGAGUCUGACACACUGUAUUUGCU